CUUAUUUCUUGUUUACAUUUCCCUUAACACACACAAACUCAUUUCAAUUUCAACAUACAUCAUUCAUCCUUGAAUACAUGUAAUUACUCAUAUGGGUAUCAUAAAGUUAUAAUCUUUCAUCGAUUCAAGUACAGUUCAUACAUCCAAGAUUCUUGCAAUCAGCAGUGUAGCUGUUGCCAUGGGUUCUGAAGCAAUGCUACAAGUGUUUUAUGGGGUUACACCUUUUAUUAAGCCUGAAUUAACAUAUUCUCGUGGUUCCAUCAUUAAAUGCAAAAGAAGCGCCGGCUCAAAUGUCAUUGGGUUUUUUAAGUGCUCAAGCAUCUUCAAAAGCAGAAAUGUUUAUCACCAUUUCCCUAGAAUUCCUAGUAUGCCAUAUGAGAAAACCAGUAAUAGACAUUUCCAAAAUUCGAGAUGUAAUUGCCAAAAUGCUGAAAGUGUUAGUGAAUUUACUACCGAGGAUGAGAGUGGUUCAUGGAUUCUAAAUAAUACCAAACAGUUUAAUACAAUUCAACAGACGGGUAAUUCACCAGAUCUCAUGGAUUAUGAGAAUGCUCUUCAAUUCAAGAAAGAAAAAGAGGUUACAUUAUCUGAUAAGAAAGUACUUAACACUAGUGUUGAUAUGAUCGAGGAUGAAGCGUGGGACCUGCUGCGAGAAUCUAUAAUAUACUAUUGUGGUAGUCCUGUUGGAACGAUAGCUGCAAAUGACCCAACGAGCACCGGUGUCCUUAACUAUGAUCAAGUUUUCAUCCGUGACUUCAUACCUUCUGGUAUAGCUUUUUUGUUAAAAGGAGAGUAUGAUAUUGUCCGCAGUUUCAUCCUUCACACACUUCAAUUGCAGAGCUGGGAGAAAACGAUGGAUUGUCAUAGUCCUGGUCAAGGAUUGAUGCCUGCUAGUUUUAAGGUUCGUACAGUACCACUUGAGGGUGAUGACUCUGCGACGGAAGAAGUAUUAGACCCUGAUUUUGGAGAGGCUGCAAUUGGCCGUGUUGCCCCUGUUGAUUCUGGAUUAUGGUGGAUUAUAUUGUUACGUGCAUAUGGAAAAAGUUCUGGAGAUAUGUCACUGCAGGAGAGAAUUGAUGUACAAACUGGAAUCAAAAUGAUUUUGAAGUUAUGUCUUGCCGAUGGUUUUGAUAUGUUUCCUACUUUGUUGGUAGCUGAUGGUCCUUGCAUGAUUGAUCGCCGUAUGGGUAUUCAUGGCCACCCUCUCGAAAUCCAGGCGUUAUUUUAUUCUGCUUUAAUGUGUGCACGGGAAAUGCUUGCACCAGAGGAUGGAUCUGCAGACCUCAUUAGAGCCUUACACAACCGUCUUAUUGCAUUAUCAUUUCACAUAAGAGAAUAUUACUGGAUAGAUAUGCGGAAACUUAAUGAAAUCUACCGUUACAAGACUGAAGAGUACUCUUAUGAUGCUGUCAACAAAUUCAACAUUUAUCCUGAUCAAAUACCUCCAUGGCUGGUAGAAUGGAUGCCAAAUAGAGGAGGAUACCUUAUUGGAAACCUACAACCGGCUCAUAUGGACUUCCGUUUUUUCUCACUGGGAAACUUUUGGUCAGUAGUCAGCAGUCUAGUUACGGUUGACCAAUCUCAUGCCAUUUUGGAUCUUAUUGAAGCUAAAUGGGCAGAUUUAGUGGCUGAUAUGCCUUUCAAGAUUUGUUAUCCUGCUCUCGAAGGUCAGGAAUGGCAGAUUAUCACUGGUAGUGAUCCUAAGAACACGCCUUGGUCAUACCACAAUGGAGGUUCAUGGCCUACUUUGCUUUGGCAGCUUACGGUGGCCUGCAUCAAGAUGGACAGACCCGAAAUAGCAGAGAGAGCGGUCAAGAUAGCAGAGGGGAGAUUGGCUCAAGACAAGUGGCCUGAAUACUAUGACACUAAAAGAGGGAGAUUCAUAGGAAAACAGUCACGAUUAUUUCAAACAUGGACAAUUGCGGGAUAUCUUGUGUCUAAACUACUCCUUGCUGACCCAAGCAAAGCCAAGAUUUUGAUGACAGAUGAGGAUACUGAGCUUGUCACUGCCUUUUCUAGCAUGAUCACCUCCAACCCACGAAAGAAACGGGGUCCAAAGAGCUCCCAAAAUACCUACAUUGUGUGACAUUUUAUUAUGGGAAAAUUUAUUUGUUCUCUUCAAUUCUUGGUAUAGAUUAUAUAGGAAAGAUCGAGUCUUUUUGCCACUCGCAUUAUUGGUAACCUUUGAUGGGGCGUCACGAGUUCAGGUCAUGUAAAUACGUUAUUUGUUCUUGAAUAUCAUUAAAGAUAUGAAUUCAUCUAUUUCUUGGAA